GCUCGAUGAAGAUUUGGCAGUCGUGGACUGAUAUUUUCGGCAGAUCGAAGGAAUCAAAAUGAAAGAAAGCAAAAAGAGUGUUAUCCCUCCAGCCAAUAGAUACCAUGGCUUAAAGAACCAGGGAGCUACAUGUUACUUGAACAGUGUGCUGCAGGUGCUGUUCAUGACCAAAGAGUUCAGAGAGGCUGUGAAAAGGGAACAACCUGAGACUGAGAAUAUUGAUCUUCAUCUUACAAACUUGUUUGAUAAUUUAACAAAGUGUACAGCUCAAACCUGUCAGAUCACAAGGAAACUGGGCAUCAGUAGAGUGCAUGAACAACGUGAUGCUGCUGAGUACUUUGAGAAGAUUUUAAGUCACACCAGUCCAGAGGCUUCGCAGAUAUUUCAAGGACAGUUGACGCAUAAGAACAUAUGCUCUAAGUGUCACACAGAGACUGACACUGAUGGACCAUUUUGGAGUUUACCUCUUGCAUUGAAGGACUCUUACAGUGAGAACUAUAGAGUGGUGGAUGGGUUUAAAGAGUUUUUCAAAGCUUCAGAUGUCAGUGGAGAUAACCAGAUGUACUGUGAUGAGUGUGAUCACAAAGCGGACGCUACUAUGAAAUGUGUGAUGAAGCACCAUCCAGAGGUUUUAGUGCUGCUGUUGAAAAGGUUCGAGUUUGACUAUCGUUACAUGGAAUAUGUAAAAAUCAGCCGCUGUGUGGAUGUUCCCUGCACCCUAAAGAUACCAGAGAACGAGACAUAUGAACUGUAUGGGUUUGUUGAUCACUUUGGUAAUAUGAGAGGUGGACAUUACACGGCAACAAUCAAGUGCCAGGAUGACAAGAGUUGGUAUAACUUUAAUGAUACCAUGGUUACCAGACUGCCUGAUAACCAGUCAUUCCAGAUGGAUAACACUAUGAAGUAA